AUGCUGCCGGCUCGUCCCCCUCCUUGUUUCCCACCGUCUCAAGCUUCAAUUUUUGCCACAUCGCCGGUGGUUGAUCUGCGGGCAGGAUUGCGGGCGGCGGCCUGGAGCGGCAGUACGCAAGCUCUGACUCCAUCCCAAGCCAGCCGGCACACCCGUCGAGGAGCUCUGCCAGCCGCUGCCCUAGCGCCCGCGGCCGUCAACGCGUGGUCGGGCGCCGCGUCGAUGUUGUCGCUGCUCGGCGCCGCCGUCGCCGACUCAUGGCUCGGGCGGUACCGCACCAUCGCCGCCUCCUCCGUACUCUACAUCAUGUGGCACAAAGCCGAGCUACCUUGGCGUGCAGAAGAGGCCCCCCACCCUUGCCUUGUGCCCGACAACCAACAACAGCGUGCCGACGUCCGAGAGGAUAAGCAAUUCCAAUCACUACGCUCACCCAUGAAGAAGAAAGGUAAAUUUCAGCAUUCUAGAUUGCUUGCUAGGGGAGCUACCUCUGCUGCUGGGAGACUGGUUGCUGAAAAUGGGACUCUGAAGGCUAUUUGGCCUCACAGUGGCCACGACCGCCCCACAGAGGAGAACUUCCAGGAGUUUAAAAGCUUCCUCAAUGACAACUUGGUUGAUAUCACUGAUGUUAAGAUGAGCCCAGCAGAGGAGGAUGAGGAAUUCUGGGGCAGCCUCAAAAGGAUCGGUUGGGAGAACGACAAAUCUGAAGAUGGCCCUGCUGCACCUGAAGAAACUGGCUCUCUUCAGACAACUCAAGUCGUUCAAACAACAUCUACAGAAACAGAAAAACGCGAGCAACCAGUGGUGGCGCGCGAGAAGAUCCUUCAGAGGAGAUGGUGGUAG